AUGGCUGAAGCUAAAGAACCAAAGAGAAGAGUUGUUAGAAGAAAGAAGGAUCCAAAUGCUCCAAAGAGAGGUUUGUCCGCUUACAUGUUUUUCGCUAAUGAUAAUAGAGAUAUCGUUAAAGCUGAAAAUCCAAAUAUUACUUUCGGUCAAAUUGGUAAAGUAUUAGGUGCUAAAUGGAAAGAAUUGAAUGAUGAAGAAAAGCAACCUUAUCAAGAUAAGGCUGACGCUGAUAAGAAGAGAUACGAAUCUGAAAAGGAAUUAUAUAAUGCUACUCACUCUUAG